GGAGGGGCGGGAGCAGCCGGGCUGGCCCCGCGCCACGCAGAGGAGGAGCAGCAAAUCCCCGGAGCACAUUAAAAAGCGGAGGCUGAGCGGCAGCCGGGGAAGGAAGAAAACACCUCCCUAGAAGGCAGCAGCGGAGGAGCGGCCGCAGCAGCGCCCGCAACGCCGCGCAGGGGCCGCGGCUGCCGGACCCGGACUUCCCGGCGGCGGCUCGGCCGGGCCCGGCGGUGGAUGCGGGUUUCUCGGCCGGGUCGCUGAGCCUGCAGCCCCGCCGCAAGAUGCUCGCCGCGCUGCCCAGCCUGCUGGCCUGGCUGGCGGUGCUGCUGCUCGGCAGGGCCCGCCCGGCCGACGCCUGCAGCUGCUCGCCCAUCCACCCGCAACAGGCCUUCUGCAACGCGGACGUAGUGAUCCGAGCAAAGGCCGUCUCUGCGAAAGAGGUGGAUUCGGGGAAUGAUAUAUACGGGAAUCCGAUCAAACGAAUCCAGUAUGAAAUCAAGCAGAUCAAGAUGUUUAAGGGCCCCGACAAGGACAUCGAGUUCAUCUACACGGCUCCGUCCACCGCCGUGUGCGGCCGGCUGCUGGACACCGGCGGGAAGAAGGAGUAUCUCAUCGCAGGCAAGUCAGAGGGCAACGGCAAGAUGCACAUCACGCUCUGCGACUUGGUCUCCACCUGGGACUCGCUGAGCCCGACCCAGAAGAAGAGCCUAAACCAGCGGUACCAGAUGGGCUGCGAGUGCAAGAUCUCGCGCUGCCUCUCCAUCCCCUGCUUCGUAUCCUCCUCGGACGAGUGUCUCUGGACAGACUGGGCGAUGGAGAAGAACAACGUGGACGGGCGGCAGGCGAAGCACUACGCUUGCAUCAAGAGGAGCGACGGCUCGUGCGCCUGGUACCGCGGCAUGGCCCCCCCCAAGCAAGAGUUUCUCGACAUCGAGGACCCCUAAGCCAAACGAGCGCAUUCCAGUAGCCAGUAGAAAAAAAAAAAAACCUGCGAGAUGUUAGACUGGUCCACGCUGAUAUCAAUUCCUGGAGACAGCAUGAAAAUCCGCUCGGCCGCGGGGGUCCCCGGGCUGCGGUGGCUGCCCCACGCGUGCGGGGGGGCAGGGACGGGGACCCCCUCUGUCACGGGCACCUGGCAGGGCUGAGCGGGGUGCGGGGGGGGGACCCCGCUGCCGGGGCUGCCUCCCCGCCUGGCCCCCCUCAGCCCUGGUAGCUGUGAAGGAAUCGGACCCUCGCGAGUGGCGGGAGCUGCCCCGUCUGCGUAGCAGGUCUACCAGUGCCCCCGCCGCGGGGGGGGGGUCGCCCCAGCAGCUCUUGCCAGGCAGCCCCUCCCCACCGCAGCGUCCCCAGCCACCCCCCAGCACCGGGGACCCCGCUGUCCCCCUCCCUGCUUGCUGCCCGCCGUUCCCAUUGGGGUGCAGGAAGGGUGCAGCCCUCCAGGCAGGGGCUGCGGGGGGGCUUUACCGUGUGGCAGAGCCCCCCCGCCCCAGCUGCGUCUGCGGGGCUGGGGGGCCUGUCGUCCCCAAAAAGCUGGAGGGGCACGUUAGCGUGGCUGGAGUGACGCCCCCCCCACCCCGCAUGCACCCAGGUGCUGCCGCCCCUCUCCCCACGGAGGUGAGCGUGGGGGUUCACCACCCUCCCCGGGAUCGCCCCCGGGGGGGGGCGGGGCGUGGGGUGCCCGUUCCCACCGGGCGCAGGCAGCACCGCCCGUCCCGUCCGGUGAACCCCCUCCACCUCCCCGCCGCGUGCCGUGGGCCCCGCCGUCUCUGAGCCAUUCCCCCGUCGCGUCGCACGGCGCUGGCCGUGUGCCGCGGGGCCUGCCCGCCCGUGACGCCCACCGGCACGUCUGCCCUCGCCGCAGCGUGGGGAGCGCGGCGGGACGAAUCCCCGCGGCCCUGUCAGGUUUGAGAUGUCGUACUGGACCAGUCUGGGCAAUUUCAACGUAUUAAAGAGAAAAAUUAAAAAGAAAGAAAAAGAAAAAAAAAUCCCCAACCUCUACUCAAUCCCAUAUACGACUCCCGUUCGCUUACUGUAUGGUUAUAUCAUAUGUGCCAUUUACUCCUGUCUCUGCUGGUAGUCUAUCUUUGAGUUUUAAUAUUUCCACUUGUUUUGCCACCGGC